AUGGCGGAGGAGGAGCCACCGUCUUCGGAGAGCGUGACGAUAGUCGCGGGCGAGUUCCCCAACGCGGCGACCGUGUCCAGCCUCAAGUCCGAGGACUCGACGGAGCAGCUGAUCUGCAAGACGCCGCAGAAGGGCGCGAAGCCGCCGCGCAAGGAGUGCAGCGUGAGCUCGAAGAGCGUGGAGGCCGGCAGUGACGAGGUGACCGGUGGCAAGAGACUGGUGGUGUUGCUAGGGCUGUCGCAAGUGGUGCUCGGUGCUCUGUUGGUGGGCGCGGGGGCGCUGGCGGUGGUGAAGGGCGCAGCCCUGUCGAGGGUCGGUGCGGGCCUGUGGGCGGGCUGCGUCGCAGUGGUGACAGGGGUGGUGGGCGUCCUGGCCGGCAUCAACGACUGCUACGGGCUCAGCGGCGUGGCGAACGGGAGUGGACCGCUGCUGACUGCGUUCCUGGCGCUAUCCCUGCUGUGCCUGGCCUGCGGGAACAGCGCUGCGGUCCUGGCUGCCACUGGGCUGCAGCGGGAUGCAAUGAGACAGCCACCGCCGCAGACCAGCUUUGAGGAUGAAAUGCAAGCCUGGACGCCUGUGCUAACGAACAUUGCACUGCUCAUCAUUGCCGCGCUACACUGCCUGGUGUGCGUCGCCAGCAUCUACCACCUUUCCAAGAGGGUCUGCUCCUGCUUCCGGCCCAAGCAGCCCUACGACCACAACCAGUUCGACCCCACCUUCAAGGUGCAGCAGUGCGUAAUACACGUGGAUGAGGUGAAGAAGCCCCACGAUCCGGAGAAGACGAGGAACCACGAGCUCUGCAAGGAGCUGGAGAUGAAGCUUCAAGGCGAAACGUUGAAGAAGAAGAAAGAGGAACCGGAGUUCGGCAGUGCGAAUUCCAAGGAGAAGUUGGUGACGCGGUGGCUGGGGCGGCACCAGGCCGUUCUGGCGAGCACCACGCGACGGCGACCAGCCGGCGUGCGGAAGCCCAGGAAGAUUCCCAACACACCAGUCGUCCUACUUCCCGCGCACCCGGCUAGCACGGUAUUUUCCGUUCACGCGUCGCAAACGCAGCCAAUCGCGAAACCGAUCACCGCUAGAGGUCCCGUUGCUCCGUACUCGGCG